UCUUAGAGACUUUGGACUUCCAUCAAACUAUGGCUUACUGUGGACCAGCCUGUGCUGUCCCAUCCUUGGCUUCCAGCCCCACCGUUGGAUUUGGGUCAGCUGGUGCUGGGGGUCUUGGCUAUGGGAUCUUGCCCUAUAACCUUGCAUCCAGUGCAUUGGCCGUAUCUUCAGGAAGCCUGGGCACCUUGGCCGGAGUCAACCCUUCCUUCAUCAACCAGAUCCCGGCAUCCGAGGUGGUGCUCGAGCCCCCUUCAGUUUUGGUCACCAUCCCUGGUCCCAUCCUGUCCGCCAGCUGUGAGCCCACAGCUGUUGGAGGCAACGCCCCAUGUGCCAUCUCUGGUUCUGGUAUCAUAGGGAGCAACCUCUAUGGAAACCCUCUCUCUGGAAACCUGGGUUUGGGGCUGAGGAGGGGCGCCCUACUGGGCAGUAGAUCUCUUCUGGGAGGCCGUGGGAAUAUCUGUCUGUAGAUCUGUCACCUUGCAAAGCCUGUCAAUCUGGAAAACGAGCACGAAUGGGCCAAGGGAAUGAAGAUCCGUCCUCAAAUUAUUUGGACUUGAUACAAGAAAGGCUGAGCUUCUGGGACCAACUUUGAAGACAUCAGUUUGUUCUCCAACUUUGGCCAAGUUUUUCCUCUUUCUCUUUUUCCUGUCUGAACUCCCAGAGCCAAAGUGGAGUUCUAAGCAGUAUUUAUAUUUGUGUUCCUUUUGCCCUUGUUAUUGUUGGUCUAGGUUGUUGAUUAUCAACUUUUUAGAGAAUUGUCUGUUAAAUUCUUCCUACAUCCUAAUUAAAGUUCAAACUGCACUUUAA